AUGGACAAAGACCAGCGCAUCGUUAUUAUUGGAGCCGGUGCCUUUGGUCUCGGCACUGCGCUGAGACUCAAGGAAGAAGGCUACAAGUCAGUCACAAUUCUGGAUCGAUCUGUACCUCCAGUUCCAGAUGGAUCGAGCAACGAUAUUUCCCGUGUCAUUCGGUUUGAUUACGGAGAUCCCAUAUAUGCAGAGAUUGCCAAGGAGGCGUUUGAUCUAUGGAAGACCCCCGAUUACAAGGAAGCAUUCCACCAGACCCCCUGCUUAUGGGUUUGUCAAGAUGGAACCCCGGAGCAGCCAGUGCAACCCCGUGCGCAGGAAUACAGCCGCAAGACAAAGCGAGUCUUGACAGAGAUGGGCCAGGAAUGGGUCGCUGUCGGAAGCGUGGAAGAGGCCAAGCAACAUUUCCCCAAACUGACUGGGCAGCUUGCUACACCUGGCUUUGAUGGUUUCUACAACACCUCAGCUGGGUGGGCAGAUGCUGGGCUUGCUUGUGCUCGUCUUAUGUCUCGCUGUGCUUCAGCCGGUGUCAACUUCAUCACCGGGCCGAAUGGCCAGGUCGAAGAAUUUGAGAAGAACCCGAAUGGAACGAUCAAGUCAGUUCGUACCAAGAAUGGACGUGUUGAAGGUGAUCAUUUCAUCGUUGCUACUGGUGCCUGGACCUCAAGUCUGAUUCCUGCUUGGAACUCCAUGCUUGCCGCGGGUCAGGUUGUUGGAUACCUGCGCUUGACGCCAGAGGAAGUCGCCGAACUGAGAGAUUUGCCCAUUUACUUCAAUUUCUCCACCGGAUUCUUUGCUUUCCCUCCGCAUGAACCAACCGGCUACUUAAAGGUGGCCUGCCAUGGCUUCGGCUAUACACGUUCUGAGCCUUCGGUCGUGUCUGCACCACCUAGUUCAGCAGUCGCUUCGCGGGCAAACUAUAUUCCUGCUGAUGGACUCAAGCGCCUCACAGCUGGCAUGAUGGAUCUUUUCCCCCAGUUUGCAUCGCGUGGCUUUGAAAAAGUUGGAAUCUGCUGGUAUAAUGAUACUCCGACUGGCGACUUCAUCUUCGAUUAUCACCCUGAGCACAAGAAUUUGUUCAUUGCCACUGGUGGUAGCGGACAUGCCUUCAAGUUUCUCCCAGUGAUUGGAAAGUAUAUUGUAGGAAGCUGGCAACGAAAACUCUCGGAUGAGUUGCUGAAGAAGUGGAAGUUCCCUACCCAGUUCCGUGAGCGAUUCCAGGGUGAGGUGUUCACAGGGGAUGGAAGCCGUGGAGGACCUGAAAGAAGAGAAUUGACCACUGAAGAGUUGGACACUUUCGACACGGCCUUGAAAGCCUCGGGAGCUCGACAGAGCAAGAUUUAA